AUGAGCGCCCCCUCCCCCCUCCCCCUCCGGGUCAUCAGCCAGCAAACAGGCGCCAACGGUGCAUCACAGACGGUUCGGCAUCAUGGCAGCGUGGAGGUCUGUAGCACCCCUGCAGCGGACAGCACUGUGGCUGUCCCACCUGGUGCCUCUCUACCUGAACCGUCACAGCAGCCUGACGCUGUCGGCCGCCUUGAAUCCGAGCAGGCUGUUGCUGUGACAUCCAGAGCCAGACCUGAUAUUGCUAGAUCUGCAGCGGCAUUCGCCAUCAGUGUCCGGGAACAGUGCCACUUGUCACAGAGAACUGUCAACAGCGUCAUCUCGGGGGUGCAACAGUACCAAGCUGCUCUCCUUGACACACUGAGGGAGAGAAUCAGAAGGGUGAUGAAAAAGUUCCUCUUCUGCCUCAUCUCCAACAGACUGCAGGCUACUAACAUUUAG